CACUCGCAUUCCACUCGCUCCCGACGCCACGCAGCCAUGUCAGAGUACGUGCCCGCCUCACGCCCACGUAUCGUUCGUAUCCUCUGCCUGCACGGUCGCGGCCAGUCAGCAGCGUCCUUUCGUGCGCUUCUGGCCCCACUGAUCCCGCGCCUCCCCAAGAAUUACGAGUUCCACUUUCUCGACGCACCCUUCGUCGUGCUCGAUGAGGAUGUCGGGUCGUCGCGUAGUGGACAAGAACUGGAGAUGCUGAGAGCCAUAGAGGGAUGCUCGAGGCUAGAGGCGGCACAGGGGAGGGACAGGGCGAUGCGUGCAAAGUUGGAGAUGGAGACACCAAGGUCAAGAAGGGGAGACAAGGUGCAGCCCCAGGUGCCGUCCUCUUCGCCCGACAUCGAGGCUUUGCGCUCCUCCAUCUCCAGCUCCUCCCGCAUCGGCGCAGAGGUCCUUGAGUCAUUCGAUCGCGCAGGUAUAGACGAAUGCGAAAUGCUCCUUGGCAGACAAGGCUACAUUGCUCCAGAUCGAGACUGGGUCCUUGCGUCCAGCAGCGAAGGCGGCGACGACGUCGGCAGCGGUCUUGACACGUCCCUUGGUCGCCUGAGCGAUUACCUCCGCAUGCAAGGCCCCUUUCAUGGUGCGAUGGCUGGAGGGUCAGGCAGCAGCUGGCUCAUCGUCCGCUUGCUCUCUUCCCUCCUCGACCCUUCGCAUCAUCCGCAGUCGGCCCUAGCGUAUCCGACAAUGUUCCCUCUGCUGCCCCUCGAUGCUCCUGCCCCACGCAUGGGAGGAUGGGAGGUGCUGCCCAGCGUACCUUUGCCUAGCGGGAGGAGGACGGCCGUCAGCCAGGGACCCCUAGGUUUCAUGAUCUCGGUGGGCAGCAGCGGCGGUGGUAGUCAGGAAAAGGCGCUCGCGAGUGAGGCGCAUCCAUGGGCAACGAAAGCAUCUCAGGAACAAGAGCUCCUGUCCGUCCUGCCAGCCAAGACGCAACGGUUUCGCCCGCCGAUGGGAUGCGACCGAGCCAUUGCCGCGACAGAGCAAGAUGCCGCCCUCCUUGCCCCGCCUGUGUGCGACUACCUCACGCCUUGGAUCAGGGCAGCCUCCAUCAGCGCCGAAGAAGUUGCCGGCCUGGAUCCCGCGGACGUCAAGGCUCGAGAUGCAGGCCAACUUCAGCGUGAGAGCUGGCAUAGCGAGUAUCGUAGAGUAGACGACGUGCCUCUAUCACAAGGUGUAGAAUACGUGAAGCUAGACAAUAGCAAGCUGUAGAAGUAGCGCCGCCGAUGCCCCUCUAAUGUCGAAGCAUGCUGCAUUUCGAAGCUCCA